UGUCCUGAGAUAACUCGACUGAUAAAAUGCAUUUCAACGAGAACAGGUCCUUAUUAAUGUCUCGUGGAUUUCUACAGUUUUUCUUGGACCGACGUAUCACACAACGAAAUCAGAGCGCGCAGCUCAAAGCAAACAGGCCAAAGUGCAUAUAGCUUUAAUGAGGAGCCCAGUGUAACACACAGACAGAGCUCUUGUCCUUGUGACAGCUACGUGGUAAAAAAUCUGCCCGGAGAACUUAUGAUUAAAGGGGUAACAGGAUUGCAUCCGGAAAUCGUGGAAUAAAACGGACGCUUCUUCAACUUAAUAACUCUGGCCCCAUUGCAUUGUUCCGUUGUCAAGCUCAGAGUUGACAAUCGAAGAUGACGUCAAACCGAAACAAAUCCACGUCGUCCUCAGAGAAUGGCAUGCCGGGAUCCCGAGUCUCCACAGUCGCAUUUUUGCCGCGCAAAACUGGAAAGGAGAAACAAAGAACCUCAAAUUCUAAAUCUCGCCUUGUUAAGAUUGCACUUGUCGCCUUACCAAUACUUCUCCUCUUAGCUUUGGUUAUUGUUCUCGUGAUUCUUUUUACUAGUGGCGAUAAAAAGGACGAUCCAAAGACCAACGGCUUUCGCGCUGGUUGUAGCUUUUCUGAAGAAGCCAAACGUAUUGGUUUGGAUGUAUACCUCGAAGAACUUUUUCAGAAAUACUAUGAACUAAUGCCGGAGAAGAUAGGGUCAAAGCCUAGGGUGAGUCUCGAUGAGAUUACGAAACAUUAUCGACCUUACGAUCCCAGUCCAAACGCUAUCAAGAACUUCACCGAUGAAGUUCGAAGAUUGUACGAGAAGAUGAAAGAGAUCAUUGGAAAAUCGAAUGGAUCACGUUUGAAACUACGUGAAAAUAAGGCUAUGUACGUGGCGCAAUAUUUGCUGAAGCAUUCUUUCGACUGGGGUCCUUUCGAACGAGAUUAUUACACGGGUGACUGGAUGUUUGAGCCAAAUUUGUACUGUUGGCAGCCGAUUUGUCAGGUGCUUGAAAACUUUCGUUAUACGAUCGACUCUUUUAAACCCAGUAAUCUUAAACAAUUGAAGAAGCUUGAAGAACUCUUUAAGAAACACAACGGUACAAUUUCACGGUACAUUGAGAAUCUGAAACUGGGCGUGGCAACUGGAAUAGUCCGCUCUGUGGAGUCUUGCAAAGCAGGGAUCAUUGCAAUCAAGAGAAAUUAUUACGAAUUUGCUGUACACAAUGAGACAGGAAUUUUCAACGAGGGAAUAGCAAAAAAAGUCCUUUCAAAAGACUUCACAUCAAAAAUAACCACCGAAAUGAACGCCACGUGGCACGAGAUAAGAGGAGAAGGCGUGCGCGAGUCACUCAGACGAUUUCUAUUGGUUUACCUAGGGGAACCGCUGACUAGACUUAUACGAUAUCUUGAGAAGGAACAUAUUAAAUAUUGUUACGAUGGUGCGACGGGAAUCGCAGAAUUACCGUUAAGUUUCGUUUACGCCAAUGGAGUCCUUGAUCGACAUCGCCCGACUACUGGGAGCUUUCCGAACGGAGACAAAUUCAACGCAAGUACUUCGUACAAAAGACUACUGUCGUUUUUCACCAGUACCACCAUUUCACCGGAGGAGUUGAAAGCGAUGGGUUACAAGAAACUCGAAGCCUUACUUAGUGAGGUAAAGACACUUGCUAAACAGUACACCGGACUCAAAAACGAAGACCAGGCUGUUAUCAAGUUCAGGGAGGUUCUCAAAUCACGUGACAUGUUCUUUAACCGUGACCCUUUCCCUGAUGAUGAGUCUGGGGAUGAGGCAUAUAUGAAAUGCGCUUACCCUGUGGGAGCGCGGGCGUUUUGUCCUGUGCGCUGGAGAGCGCUACAGAAAUGGAUCAAUUACACAAAACACGUCGCUGAAGUUCUAACCCCCAAGAUAAAAGAUCUCUUCUACGAUUCCAGUUCAAAGAGAACGACACCAUCUUGUGGUAUUUCUGUAAGUGGCGAUUUCAAUCCUCUUGCAUGUUUCCAUGGCUACGACGCUAAAUGCCCAGCAAGUCAGACACUGCCGUUCUUUAUGGACGAUUUUGGACCAAAAUACACAGAGUAUACCACGGCAUCACAUGAACAGCUCCCAGGACAUCAUUUGGAGGUCCAAGGUUUUAGCGAUAAUUUUCAAGACUCUUGUAGAGAUGCAAUAUCCUGGAUAUCUUCUGGAAACUAUGUUCCUCCUUUCACCGAGGGAUGGGCAACUUAUGUCGAAUACCCUUUGAUGGCCAGAGAUACGAAUGCGUAUGUCAAUAUAUUGGAUAAAGAUAUUCUGUUACAGAAAUAUGGGAUGUUGAAAUAUCAGAUCCUCGCUGCUCUACGAUCAGUUCUGGACAGUGGCGUUAAUUACUUCGGAAUGACGCGUGAAGAAGCCACGAACCUUUACGCGCAGUACGCUUGGGACGACAGUGACCUGGCUUUUAAGGACAUUACACGGUUUCAAAACGCUCCAGCAGUUGUCAUGAGUUACAUGAUUGGCCAAGAGACGUUCGUCAAAUUAAGGCAACAAGCCCAAAGAGAACUGGGGGAGAACUUCUCGAUAAAAGAGUUUCACUACCAAAUCCUACGUCAAGGAGAGAUCCCUUUGGAAUACAUGGAAGAACACAUUUCGCGUUUCAUCAAAUGUAAGAAGGGCUCCUCGGAGCGUAUUUGUGCAGAAAUACUCUCAUAAAAAUCUAUGAAAGUAGCUAUGUUUUAAAUAAUUUCAAGCAAAACUACACAAAAUCGUAAGAAAUAACUUGUUUCCAAUGAGCUCUAAAUUCUCCAAAAUAACCUUAAGACACACUGACUCAGUUAUGAUGGAAAAAUUUGUGAUUUGCUCUGGGAAAACAGAUUGAAAUUUGAUCCCUUUGCAUGGAGCAGAAGCACUAUAAACUAGAUAUUUAUAUUCAAGUUUCUGAUGGAGGUUAAUCAAAUUGUUCAGUGUGAACAAACAAAAAACAAACAAAUAAAUGCAAACAAACAGAAAGAAAUAUGAUAUCCGUAUUAAAGUGUAUUUGCUACCAUUCUUACAUUUCACGUUUAAUUUAAAAAUUAAUUCAGUACUGGACACACUUUUAGAAGCUCUGGUAAAUUGAAAGAUACUGGAAUAUAUAACCCACAGAGACUCUGAAAAUUUGUAAUAUAAAUAAAAAAGACGUACGGUAAUAUGCUAGAGAUCGGUAGAAAAACUGUUAUGGUUUAAGUUAUUCUUAAUGGUUGCAUGCGCAUCUAUAUUAUGAAGAACUGUAUGGGUAAUCAUUAGCGCGCAAAUCUUAGGUUCUUAAAAGAACACCGUGGAAUUCCACGGUCAUUCUCGCUCCGCCGGCCAAUGGAAAAAUCAACAUGUACCGAUUCCCAGUGUAGAUUUAAAAACAGUUGUAGGAUAAAAGAUUGUAGUUGUACAGUUAAACAAAAAGUCUCAAAGCAGAAUCUAUGUAAAAGAGAAAUGAUCUUUAGCGGAUAUAAUCGCCUACUAAGGUGUUGUAAAUAAUAUAAGUUAGAUUUCUCUCAUUUACUUCUAAUAAAGGAAACUGUGCCAUUGUUA